CCCUCCCUCCUUUCCUCCGCUGGACGCGGCGCAGGGAGCGAUGUGAUUGGGCGGGCGGGCCUUCCUCGGAUUCCCCUCGGCUGCCCUCCUCCUCCUCCGCCUUGUUUUGCUCCCGGGUUCCCUGGCGGAGGAAGUUGUUCCCGACUCUAGGGGGCGAUGCUCAUCUCCGAGAGAUGAGCCGAAGAGCCAGCACUGUCCGAAGACGUCUCCAUGGUCAUGUGGCUAGCAUGACUGAAUGCCAAAGGCGCACGGAAUGCUGUUACCUUCCCAUCAAAGGCGCAGAGCAUGGAGAAUGAUGAAUUUCCGUCAGAGGAUGGGAUGGAUUGGUGUGGGACUGUAUCUAAUAGCAAGUGCUGCAGCAUUUUACUAUGUUUUCGAAAUCAAUGAGACUUACAAUCGACUAGCACUGGAACACAUUCAGCAACCACCAGAGAAAUUUAAACAAGAAAUCAGUUGGAUGCAUUCCUUAAAAACACGUCUUCUCUCUGUACCCUUUUGGCUAUGGGCCAUUAUCUUUUUAAUACCUUAUUUGCAAAUGUUCUUAUUUCUUUACUCAUGUACGAGGGCUGAUCCUAAAACAGUGGGCUACUGCAUAAUUCCUAUCUGCUUGGCUGUGGUUUGCAAUCGUCAUCAAACAUUUGCAAAGGCCUCCAAUCAAAUCAGCAGACUGCAGCUUAUUGACACGUAAGGAAAUCAAUGUGGCUUGCCCUCUUCCUCCUCAGCUGGUUUUUGAUAAGUUGAAGAUCAGUUGAAUAUCUGAAAAGAACUUGAAAUUCUUUUUCUCAACAUUAACCUCUGGACAGAGCACCCACCAACCUUCUAUUUUUUUUAACAAGAUGCUUUUUAACUAUGGGGGUAUCCUAUUUGGUGAAAAGUUCUUUGAGAACAGGGGGUAACAUUCUUCAUAUUUGCCUUACAAAGCAGAAUUUCUACACUCCAUCUGAAGAUUUUAGAGUAAAUAUAUAUUUGAAACCCUAAUUCACUGUGCAUCCUUCAAAACUUCAAGUUUCCUAUAAGCGAAUUGCUGAAAAUUGAAUUUGCCUAUGUUUAUGUGUAAAUUUUGGAAUUAUUAUAAAAGUGGCAUUUGAGACAU